UAACCUCGCAGCCUUUGGCGCCAAAAUGGCGCUUGUAGCGGGGGUCAUCCGGCGGCUGGACGAGACGGUGGUGAACCGCAUAGCGGCGGGGGAAGUUAUCCAGAGGCCGGCCAAUGCCAUCAAAGAGAUGAUUGAAAACUGUUUAGAUGCAAAAUCCACAAGUAUCCAAGUUGUUGUUAAAGAAGGAGGCCUGAAGUUAAUUCAGAUUCAAGACAAUGGCACUGGCAUCAGGAAAGAAGAUCUGGAAAUUGUGUGUGAGAGGUUCACUACAAGUAAACUUCAGACCUUUGAGGACUUAGCCAGUAUUUCUACCUAUGGCUUCCGAGGUGAGGCUUUGGCCAGCAUAAGCCAUGUGGCUCAUGUUACUAUUACAACCAAGACAGCUGAUGGAAAGUGCGCAUACAGGGCAAGUUACUCAGAUGGAAAGCUGCAAGCUCCUCCUAAACCGUGUGCAGGCAACCAGGGCACCCAGAUUUCGGUGGAGGACCUUUUUUACAACAUACCCACGAGGAGGAAAGCUUUAAAAAAUCCCAGUGAAGAAUACGGGAAAAUUUUGGAAGUUGUUGGAAGAUAUUCAAUACAUAAUUCGGGCAUCAGUUUCUCAGUUAAAAAACAAGGUGAGACAGUUGCUGACAUCAGAACAUUCCCUAGUGCCACAACCGUGGACAACAUUCGUUCCAUUUUUGGAAAUGCUGUUAGUCGAGAACUGAUAGAAGUUGGGUGUGAAGAUAAAACUCUUGCUUUCAAAAUGAAUGGCUACAUAUCCAACGCAAACUAUUCGGUGAAGAAGUGCAUUUUCUUACUCUUCAUCAAUCAUCGCCUAGUAGAAUCAAGUGCCAUGAAAAAGGCCAUAGAAACAGUAUAUGCAGCAUAUUUGCCCAAAAACACACACCCGUUCCUGUACUUCAGUUUAGAAAUCAGUCCCCAGAAUGUAGACGUCAAUGUGCACCCCACAAAGCAUGAGGUUCACUUCUUGCAUGAGGAGAGCAUCCUGGAGCGGGUGCAACAGCACGUCGAGGCCAAGCUCCUGGGCUCCAACUCCUCCAGGAUGUACUUCACCCAGACUUUGCUUCCAGGACUUGCUGGCCCCUCUGGGGAGCUGGCUAAGCCCACAACAGGUGUGGCCUCCUCAUCUACUUGUGGAAGUGGUGACAAGGUCUAUGCUUACCAGAUGGUUCGCACAGACUCCCGGGAACAGAAGCUAGAUGCCUUUCUGCAGCCAGUGAGCAAGACCCUGCCCAGCCAACCCCAGACUCCUGUUCCAGGGGAUAGUAUGGAAGGUUCUGGUGGUGAAGCCAGGCAGCAAGAUGAGGAGAUGCUUGAACUCCCAGACCCUGCUGAAGUAGCUGCCGAGAGUUGGAGCCCAGAGGGACCUGGAGUGCAAGGGGCUUCAGAGACAGUGCAGAAAGCAGCACCCAGAAAGAGACAUCGGGAAGACUCUGAUGUCGAGAUGAUGGAAAAUGACUCCCCGAAGGAAAUGACAGCAGCGUGUCACCCCCGGAGAAGGAUCAUUAACCUCACCAGUGUUUUGAGUCUCCAGGAAGAAAUUAAUGAGCGAGGCCAUGAGAGCCAAGGCUGUGUCUUGAGGCGGGGAGCUCUGCGCGUGCAUCUGUGGCAUUGGGAGUGCCGGAACGCUUGGCACCGGCACGGGAAGAACUCUGCUCAGCUUCUGCUUGCUCAAAACUUCGUUCGCCUUUGGGGAACUCUCCGGGAGAUGCUCCGGAACCAUUCUUUCGUGGGCUGUGUGAAUCCUCAGUGGGCCUUGGCACAGCACCAGACCAAGCUCUACCUCCUCAAUACUACCAAACUGAGUGAAGAACUGUUCUACCAGAUCCUCAUUUACGAUUUUGCCAAUUUUGGUGUUCUGAGGUUAUCGGAACCAGCGCCGCUUUUUGAUCUUGCCAUGCUGGCCUUAGAUAGUCCUGAGAGUGGCUGGACAGAGGAAGAUGGCCCCAAGGAAGGACUUGCUGAGUACAUCGUUGAAUUUCUGAAGAAAAAGGCUGAGAUGCUUGCAGAUUAUUUCUCUUUGGAAAUUGAUGAGGAGGGGAACUUAAUUGGAUUACCCCUUUUGAUUGACAACUACGUGCCCCCUCUGGAGGGAUUACCUAUCUUCAUCCUCCGACUGGCCACAGAGGUGAAUUGGGAUGAAGAGAAGGAAUGUUUUGAAAGCCUCAGUAAAGAAUGUGCUAUGUUCUACUCCAUCCGGAAGCAGUAUAUGUCAGAGGAGUCAGUCCUCUCAGGCCAGCAGGGUGAAGCGCCUGGCUCCACUGCAAACCCCUGGAAGUGGACUGUGGAACAUGUUAUCUAUAAAGCCUUCCGAUCGCACCUUCUGCCGCCUAAGCGCUUCACAGAAGAUGGAAAUGUCCUGCAGCUUGCCAACCUGCCCGACCUGUACAAAGUUUUUGAGAGAUGUUAAAUAUGAUCACUUAUAAACUCUGGCAUGGGCUGUUGUUCAUUUGUAUCCCAGUGUCAUGGGUUCAACAAGGCUAAAGACUUGCAUUGCCUCACGUAUGGAUUGGCUACAAAUCAUUGUCAGGCUUCUAGCACAGACUGGGACUGCUGGGGCACCCAGCUUGUGGACUGAGCAGCCCAAGGUCCCGUUUCUCCAGCUUGCAGAUGGCCAUUGUUGGACCACCCAGCUCCUAUUGUGAAAAAAGCGUCUUGAAGGCACCACCUGCACACAUGCAGUGCUCCGGCUUGCAAGGCGCACGAUUAGUUGAAGAGAGAAACAAUGCUACUGAAGGGGCUCCCUGCUCGAAGAUGACCACCAACCAGGAAAGUAGUUUCCGAGGUUCAACCAGCACGGCACGGAGAGCACAUGGCUGUGGCAGGGGGCGACCACAUCCCAGGCUGGGCAGCAGAACAUGGCAGUACUGUCCACAUGGUGAUGGUUUUGCACUGUUUCCUUCCUAGCUGAGACCAGAUAAAAUAGCAAGGCUGGACUCCCUCCCUGUUAGGAGGCCCUGCAAGGCCAAGGUAUGAAGCUGCGAAGGUGAAGUCCCAGUUGAUUGGAGACCUCAGGGUGUUGGAAACACCAGGAGUGUAACACCCACCAAGGAAAACAAGGCAGAACACAGAGCCUCUGAGAGGCAACGGGUGCUGAAGUGGAGUGGGCCUUCCCAAACCCAGUGGAGCCCAGGUAGUGCAAUCACGAGCCUCAGAUGCCAGACAAGGAUUUUGUUUGCCCUGGUCUUUCCUUACUAUGCCCACGUUACUCCUUGUUACUUCUGGAAUGAUAUUUAUUCUACACCAUUGCAUAUUGGAAGUGUGGAACUUGGUUUUAUAGGGGCUCACAGUUAAGGGUUUUAUUAAAAAAUUAAAAAUUAGACCUUUGCCCGACACUCUGGUAAUAAAAAUACAAGUGUUAAGUAUCCAAA